AUGUACUCCUCGUCGAAUAAUUUCCUCGGGGGUGGUGCCACUGGCCGUCCCGGCCAGGCACCAUUCAUGCAGCAGCAGCAACAACCCCCCUACUCGCAAUUCCCCCAGGGCCAGCAAUCAUCAAUUCAGCAGCCUCAGCCGACGGGAUUCGCUCAGCAACCAACUGGACUUGCUCCCCAACCUACCGGUUUCGCCGGCCAGCCGUCGCCAUUCGGUAACUCGCAGCUUCAGCCUCAGGCCACCGGGUUCCCCGCGCCACAACUCCAGCAGCAAUACACUGGCUUCCCUGGAGCUGCGCCCCAGCAGCCCCAGCAGCAGCAACAACAACAAUCCCAGAGCUUCCAAUCACAAUAUACCGGGUAUCCUCCCCAGAAUCAGGCGCAACAGGCACCCCCGGUGCCACAGAUCCCAACUCGAUUCAAGACCUCGAGCGACAUUGCGAACUCCUUCCACGAUGUUGGUUCCGGGCAGCCUCCCCAGGUGCCACCGAAAUCUGGGUCGAAGAUUCCGAGCAUUCGGCUGUCAUUCAUCACGGCGCAAGAUCAGGCGAGGUUCGAGCAGCUCUUUAAAUCUGCCGUUGGCGAUAGCAAGACAAUGGAUGGCGAUAAAGCGAGAGAUCUCUUGAUGCGCUCGAAGCUAGGAGGAGAGGAUCUUUCUAAGAUUUGGGUCUUGUCUGAUUCAACUAAGUCUGGACAGUUGUUCUUCCCCGAAUUCGCAUUGGCCAUGUACCUUUGCAAUAUUCGUAUCACCGGUCGCGAUCUUCCUUCAUCCUUGCCUGAAAAAAUCAAGAACGAGGUUUCCAGCAUGGUUGACAUCAUUUCUUUCGAUGUUCCCGACACAGCCCCGGCCCCCCAGCAGCGAACCAACGUCCCCAACUUCGAUGCGCCUCUCAUGGAAAACAGUGCAACUCCGCCAGUUGUUCAACAGCCUGUUCCGCAGCAACCGAACAAUGCCCAGCUCCUGUCUCAGUUGACCGCACAGCCCACCGGGUUCUUCCCCCAGCAGACAGGCAUUCAACCGCCAAGUAUCCAGCAGCCCCAAGCGACAGGCUUCCCAGGACAGAACCAGUCCCAAUUCCUCCAACCUCAGCAAACUGGAUUCAUGGCCAACCCUCAGGCGACUGGAUACACUGGUCCUCGUCCUCCAAUGCCGCCAAUGCCUACUGGCUUCGGUUCAAACCUCAGCCCUGCGCAGACCGGUGGGAUGCAAGGCCUGGGGGUACAGCCCACGGGCCUGACCGCGCAGCCUACCGGUAUGCCAGGCCAAUGGGGCUUCAUCAACACACCCGCGCAGGGCUUGCCUAACAUCGAUGCGAUGAAGCAGCAGCUCAUGCCGCAGCCUGGUCGCGAAGGUGGUUUCAGUGCUGCUGGUCUUUCAGGAAAUGCUACUGUCGCUUGGGCCAUCACCAAGGAAGAAAAGAAGAUUUACGAUGAUCUCUUCCGUGCAUGGGAUGGUCUGCGCAAGGGCUUUGUCAGUGGCGAGACUGCCAUCGAGAUCAUGGGUCAGAGUGGUUUGAACCGACUUGAUCUGGAGCGCAUCUGGACUCUAGCGGAUCCGCACAACCGCGGCCGUCUCAAUAUGGAUGAGUUUGCCGUGGCUAUGCACAUGAUCUAUCGUGCUUUGAACGGAUACCCGGUUCCCAACCGCCUGCCACCAGAGCUUGUUCCUCCUUCCACAAGGUACUUGAACGAUUCCAUUGGCACAGUUAAAUCGCUGCUUUCUCAGGAUGCCGAGAACCGCAAGGCUACUGGCGCAUUUUUGCAGCCGCAGAAGACUGGUGUCAGUUAUUUGAAGGACCACUCUUUCCGCGGUGGUGCAGGUGGCUCGUCUGCUGCUAGCCGCAAGGAUGCGACUAUGUUCAAGAACAACGACGCUGCUGGUGGUUACCGCUCGAGCGCACGCCGUCGCGUUGGUAAUGACCCUCGUACCCCGUCUCCUGCUGCAUCUGGUGCUUCAGAGGACGAGUUCUCCGUCGAGCAACUCCACAAGAAGAUCCGCGAGGCAAAGAUCAUGCUGGACGCUGUCGAUUUCCAGGACGAGAACCGGGCUGAAGAUGAUGAUGCAUUAGACCGUCAGGACCGCCGCGAGGCAGAGAGUCUUAUGGACCGUAUUCGUCGUGUCCAGGAUGAUCUUGAUACCCACCCCAAUGCCUCGUUCCGUCAAGUCGACAGUGGCGCAGACCGCCGAGCUCUUCGUCGUCAACUGCAGGCCUAUGAAGACCAAGUUCCCCAAGUUGCUUCUGAUGUGCGUCGCCUUGAGCGCGAUAUCGCCGACGCAAGGCUUGAGUUGUUCCGUCUCAAAGAUGCCAAGGCACACCCAGGAGGUGCCUCUAACAUCAUUGGCACUGGACCUGGUGGCAUUGUGACCGAGGCGGACCGAAUUAAGGCCCGUGCCCGCGCUCGCAUGCAAGCACGCGCUGCUGAGCUUGCUGGCCGCCCCGCGCCCGCGACAGAAGAUGAUGACGGCCAAGCCGCUCGUCGUCUGGAAACUGAGAGCAACAACGUCAAGGCGGAGCGUGAGCGCAACGACACUAUGACUCGCGAUGUCGAGGAAAGCGUUCGCGAUUUCGCUCGUAGUCUAGAAGAUAGUCUUCGGGACCAAGGGCAAAAUUCCACGCGUGAACAUGAGAGACGUCGUUGGGAAGAUGCUUUAGGCGUCGAAGAUGUGAUCCGUGACUUUAUCUAUGAUCUUAGCCGCAAUAGCCGGACUGCAAAUGUUCGCAAGGAAGAGUAUGUAUUUUUUGCCAAUGUUGAAAACGAACCAAUGCUUACAGAAAAUAGGCGAGAGAGAUCUUCACCAGAAGUGCAUUCUCGUGCGUCCCCAGCGGCCGAAUCUCCCGCGGCGCGCCCUGCGAUGCCUGCGCCUGUGAGCUCGUCCAGUUCAAUUGCUGGCAACACGCAUGAAGAUCGUGUGGCUGCUGCCCGUGAGCGUGCUCAGAAGCGUAUUGCCGAGCGCAUGGCUGCUGCAGGUUUAAAGCCAAAUGACGCUACUGAGACUCUUGCGCAACGACAGGAGCGUGAGAAGAAGGAGCGCGAAGAUCGUGUUCGCCGCGCCGAAGAAGAGGAUCACAAGCGUGAGGAUGAGAGACAGCGUCGGUUGGCCGAAGAGCGCGGUGGUCCUAGUGCUGCUGCUGCUGCUCCUAAGCCGGCAGGCAAGAAGCCACCACCGGCGCCGCCGACUCGCAGAGCCCGGACAGAUAGCGCUGGCCAGGCUGAUCUCAAGAAGGGAGAUGAGUCUGCUAAGUUGGAGCAAGCUGCUCGAGAGCAGGCCAUCAAGGAAGAGCAGGAGGCUCAAGAGGUGGAGACUAAGCGUCUUGAGGACGAGGCAGGCCGACGCGAAUUGGAAUUCCAAAGAGAGAAGGACGCCCAAGCAGCUCGCCUUCAGGCUCUUGAGGAACAGGUCCGCCAGGGCAAGAUCAAGAAGCAGGAGGAGAAGCGCCGCAGAGAAGAGGCCAGCCGACAAUCCAAGGAACAGGAAGCCAGUCUUGCCGCUCAGCGCGCAGAGUUGGAGGCUGCCAAGGAGCGCGAGCGACAGCUUCAGCGUGAACUUGAGGGCCUUGACGAAGAGACCUCAUCUGAUGACGAGGGUCCUGCUGAUGCCACUCCCCAGUACAGCACUCCUGCGCAGAGUCAGGUCUUGCCUGGCCCGCCCCCAAUUCCUACGAUAGCUAUGCCUGAGCCCCCAUCCUUCGCACCCGAGCCCGAAAGCGUGCCCAGCGAGGUUAGUUCACCCGAGAGCAGCCGCACUAUCCCUGCCGCUACCCAGGAUGCCGAGUCCAAGAACCCUUACUUCAAGACCAUGGGUCAAUCGUCUGAGCAGGUGGCCUCGCCCCCAGCCACAGCCCAGUCCACGAAUCCCUUCCACCGCUUGACGCAGCAAGAACCCAUCAAGCCGACCUUCACCGGUGCCGCUCCCCUGGAGCGCAAGACCCGUGCGCGCCCCGAGGCGGAUGACGACUGGUCCGCCGCAGGCUCCGAUGCCGGUUCAUCAGAUGAUGAAGACGAUCGACCAACCGGUGGCAGCGCCAAGCAGCUCGCCAGCAUCCUCUUCGGUACCAUGGCCCCUCCACGUCCUCUAAGCGCCAUGGACGACGACAAGCCUGCCUCUAAAUCUGCCAGCCCAGUUCACGACAGCCCUGUUGCACCCCCGCCUCCCCCACCAGCAGCUCUGCCUCCCCUCCCUGCCAUCUCAAGCCCCGACGGUGCUACUCCUGCCCCGCCAUCAGCAGUUCCUCCUCCACCACCACCACCUCCCCCUCCCCCGGGAGCCGCUGCCCCGUCCAUUCCCCCACCCCCACCGCCUCCAGGCGGAGCCCCAGCUCCUCCCCCACCACCUCCCCCCGCCGGUGCGCCUCCCCCUCCUGCGGCCGCAGGUGGGGCUGGCGGCCGCGGCGCCCUACUCGCGUCCAUUCAGCAAGGCAUGACCUUGAAGAAGACCCAGGUCAACGAUCGUAGCACGAGCUCGUCUGCCGGACGGGUCCUGUGA